AUGUUAACUUUAUGUCACAACUAUUAUCAAGUAUCUCCUAAUACAAAGAACAAUAAAGAUGUUGUUCAACAUUAUAGUAAGAAGAAAUUUGUAUUUGGCCUUUUUAUUUUAUUGUUGGUAGCUGUUUUGUGGGUUGUGUCAUCAGAACUGACAAAGUAUCUGUACAAUGAAAAAAAACUAGAAAGACCCUUUCUUAUAACUUAUGUCCGCAGUUCAUUAUUAUUAGUUUAUUUAAUAGUUUUGUGUUUCUCACCACCUACAAGGGAUCCUUGUCGACCUGCAGAUUAUACGCAAUUAUUAGAACCUACAGCUGAAACAGAUGAUGAAAAUUAUUAUCAUGAAUCUACAAGCAGUUUGGGUGAUUCCACUUUCGUUCCUGUUCGAGCUGGUGAAACUACGGACAGUGAUGAUGCAGCUCCUAGAGCUGUACGAUUUAACAAAGUGGCUGAGGUACGUGUCAUGUCAGCGGCUAUGGCUGGUGAGGCCCUACUAGCUCGUUUGUCGUGGGCGGCGUCAGUUCGCGCAUCAGAACACGCGCAACGUCGCGCUGCCGCAGCUGCCACUAAACGACAUAUACGACUCGCGCUACUUUUUUCUGUACCAUGGUUCAUAUCGAAUUAUUUGUACCGAUUAAGUUUACUACACACUUCGUCGAGUUCGGCAAUUGUCUACACGUCAACGACAAGUGCGUUUGCACUUUCAUUCGGUGCAAUAUUCGCGCAAGUGCCGACCGACCGGUUCACAAUCUCUAAAUGCGUUGCAGUAUUACUCACCGCAGCUGGACUCGUGGUGUUGGGUUUAUCUGAGAGCCAUCAAACUAAUUGGACAGCAGUGUUGUCAGCAUUAGGCUCUUCGUUUUUUUACGCAUUGCAUCUAUUGUUGUUUCGCCAGGAAUUGAGAAAAGGAGAGGGCAUUAAUUCUAUUCUGCUAAUUGGUGUUGUCGGUUGCGCUUGUGGUUGUAUGGCGUGGGCUAUGGGUGGAGUAUUAGCUGCGACGGGUAUUGAAAAAGCCGAACUGCCGCCAACAAAACUGUGGAGUUGGCUACUUCUAGAUGCCAUACUAGGACCACUGCUAUUAGAUUCUCUGUGGAUCUGGGGCAGAUCACUAACGUCGUCAAAGACAGCCACAAGUAUGUUGGCGUUAAGUAUCCCCCUCGGAGCUUGCGUGGAGUUCUGGCGCGGCACGUAUAGUGCGGGCGCGUGGCGUUUUUUAGCCGCGCUGUUUUCUAGCGCCGGCUGGGCUACGGCUGCGCUUGAACUGCCUCGUGUGUCAGCACCCUUAGACUGGCUAACUACACGUAUGCGAGCAGCAGAGGGCUUCUCGACUAUAAGAAAUAUAGCGGAGUUGGACGAAGAAUCUGAAGCACUCAUGUCAUCCGAUGAGCCGACGUAG